AUUUCUCCCUUUAGAAACCAACAAUUUUCUCAAUUUUUCUUGGAUUUUCACUUCUCUUGAAUAUAUGCGGUGUUGAUCGUCGAAAGGGUCUUUGUAACGAUUAUAUACUGUUUUUCCCGACCCAGAAAAUGCCCAUGGACCGAACACUACAAUCGGAGAGCAUGAGAUCAACGUACGUACUCUCGAUCGAGUGUCUAAAAGGGAGUUCCAAGGCCGACGAAUGGGCCGGAGACAUGCUCCAGACCGGCGAUAUUGUCGAGGAGAUUCGUUUUGGAUCCGGCUCAGGAUCGACUCAUAAGUCACCUUUUAAAGGCGGCAGGAGCGGAGUCCAGAGGAUCCUUCACAGCUCCUUUAAGAACAAGGAGACCUCCAUCCUCGUCCGAGUCAGGCGAGGCAACGACGAGUUCGCUCAGCUGCAAGCGUGUAUUGUGCCUAACGAGGCUGCCGGGAGAAAACAAUACAUGUUGAGGUCUAUAGCGGAUCCUAAUUACGCUGUCGGGUUCUUAGAUCGCACCGAGUCCGAGUGCUUCGACUUGCAAGCUUCAAGGAGCUCCAGAAUGGUCAGUGAACUAGAAAGGACAAGGCUUCAGGAUGGAUAUGUCUCAUAUCCAUGGGAAAGGAGGAUGCAGGAGAUGCUAUCAGUUCCCAACUCAAGCAGCUUUCUUUCCAUUCUCCUCCUUCCAAAGGCUUCAGAUCGAAUGGCCUCUCGAUACAACAACCUGGAGGAUACCCUUGCUCGAGCAAAUUCUUGGCUUACUGCAUCUCAGGCAUCUGGGGUCCCCAUUGUUUUCAUGAAUAUCCAGACUGAAUCCUUACUCACUAAGAUCUCUGGGGAAACAGCCUCAGCUACUGUGAGUGCUGGGUCAUUAUCUGAUUUAUCGAACCUUGCCAAUGCAAGUCUAUACGGUUUUGAGGACUAUCAUGGGGUUGACAUUGGAGUCGUUAGAGCAGUUCGUCUAUGGUAUGCCCCUCUUGUGGAAGAAAUCGCAAUCGAGAUAAAACUAAAAGAAGAUGACAUAAAGCUCGGAUUUGCCAUUAGCCGCACAGAAGAGGGAUUCAUCUACAUAUCAUCUGUCAUUGAUGGUGAUGAAAACGUGCCCUCAACGAGAUCUGGACUCAGCACUCUCUACAAAAAAGCACUGAACGCAUCUAGGCUGCUGGUUGUCUCAAGAUUAUCAAACCAGAAGGUUCUUCCAUGGAUGGUUUCCUCAACCGGAGCUGUUCGAUGCUUUGAUACCGUCUCCCUAAGCCAAAAGCUCUCACUACACCGGCAUGCCAAUGUUCCGAUUCAAAUGCACGUCUUCUUGUGGGAUCAAUCGUUGGUUUCCCGAGGUUUUAGCAGUGCUAGGCUGAUGGUUCCCUCUCCAGCUUUACCACUGCCCCCUGAAAUUAGAUUAGCCCACCAACCUAACGACAACCAAAUCCUGCCCCUGCCACCUGAUGAAACAAAUGAAAGCAUACCUUCAAGCGAGCAGCCGGAGCGCCGAUUACAACGAGACACUGCUGGGGAAGUCUCCUUCAGAUUUCACGAUUUUUCACUUCCUAACAACUGGGUAUGAUUUUGCAUUUCGUGCUUCUGUGUAUAACAACUUUUACAGGUAGAUGAGUUCAUUGAUCGGACCUAGUUACAUAAUGAUAGGCAGCUUGAUGUUGAAUGAAAAUCCAGAAUAAACACAGGGAUAGAUAUAGUUCAGAGUUCAGAUGAUUGAUGGUUUAUACAUACAAACAUAUAUAUGUGUGUCUGUGUGUGUGUGUACUGUUUGGUUUGUGUAUCAU